UCUGAUAAGGGUGAAAAGGCUUUAUUUCUGCAGGGCCAGUAGUUUUGUGAAGCAAAGAUGUCUCUUUAAACAGAGUAUGAGCUGCUGCUGACUAGUGACUUUUCCCUCCCUCCUAUAAAAGGAGGCACUCCCCCUCCUGCUGCAGUCAGUUCUGCUCCGGUCCGUUCAGAAUGAGUUUCACGGUAGACCACCACUUUUAUGGCCCGGGCUCGUACCGCAAGGCUCGGCCCUCGUCCGUGUCCUCCAGCGGCUUCCACUCCCAGCGCCGCCGCCUCACCUACAACCAGCCUUCAACCGUGGACAGCCUUGAGACUUUCAACGGCGACAUGACUCGGAGGAGCGAGAAGGAGAUCCUGCAGACUCUGAACGACCGGUUCGCCGGAUACAUCGACAAGGUGCGCAACCUGGAGAUGCACAACCGCAACCUUGAGGCAGAAGCGGCGGCUCUGCGACAGAACCAGGCCGGACGCUCCUCCAUUGGAGAGCACUACGAGCGAGAGCUGGGGGACCUGAGGGGUCUCCUGCAGCAGCUGACAGCUGAGAAGGCCAGCACUGCUCUAGAGCGCGAGCACCUGGAGGAGGAUAUCCAGCACCUGCAGGCGAGGCUGGAGGAUGAGGCGCGCAACCGGGAGGAGCUGGAGGCUGCAGCGCGCACUAUGAAGAAGUAUGUAGAAGAGUGCAGGCUGGCGCGGCUGGAGCUUGACAAGAAGCUCCGUGCCCUGGAGGAGGAGGACGCUUUCUUGAAGAAGAACCACGAGGAAGAAGUGGCGGAGCUCCUCGCUCAGAUUCAAGGUGCGCAGGUGAGCUUUGAUCUGCGAGACUCAAUGAAGACGGACGUCACUGGAGCUCUGCGAGAGAUCCGCGCACAGCUGGACACUCACGCAUCCAAGAGCUCAACACACGCGGAGGAAUGGUUCAAAGUGCGUGUGGAGCGCUUGUCCGAAGCUGCGAAGUCGAAUCAGGAUGCAAUUCGUGGUUCCCAGGAUGAGAUUGCAGACUACCGUCGUCAGCUCCAGAGUCGCACCAUUGAGCUGGAGACUCUCAGAGGAACCAAGGAUUCCCUGGAGAGGCAACGCAUGGAGAGCGAAGACAGACACCAUGAUGACCUCAACUCUCUACAGGAAACCAUCAAUCAGCUGGACAAUGAGCUGAAAACCACCAAAUGGGAGAUGGCAAGCCAGCUGAGAGACUACCAGGAGUUGCUGAAUGUUAAGAUGGCUCUGGAUAUUGAGAUUGCUGCCUAUAGGAAGCUACUGGAAGGAGAAGAGAAUCGCUUUGUGUCAGGAGGAAGUCCGUACUCUUACCUGGAGAGCAGAAUCUCUCACUUCAAAGUGAAAGAUGAGAUCUCAGACACCGUCAUUGUGGAGGAACAGACGGAUGAGACCCAGGUGACUGAGGUGACAGAGGAGGCAGAUGAGGAGGAAGAGGAGAAAAAAGAAGAGGAGGAGGAGGAGGAAGAGGAAGCUGAAGAAACCAAAGAUGAGGAAGGUGAGGAAGAAGAAACUAAGGAGGAAGAAGAAGAGGGGGAAGAAACUAAAGAGGAAGAACAGGGAGAGGAGGAGAAAGAAGAGGAGGGAGAGGAAGAUGAGGCAGGUGAAGAGGAGGAGAAGUCCAAAUCUCCUGAAAAAGGAGCAUCUCCUCCAUCAAAAUCCCCUCAGCCUAAAUCUCCUGCUGUCAAAUCACCAGAAUCUAAAUCACCAGAAUCUAAAUCACCAGCAGCCAAAUCCCCCAUGCCCAAAUCACCCGCUAAGUCACCUGCAGUCAAAUCUCCUGCAGGCGAUGAGUCAAAGUCCCCUGCACCAAAAUCACCUGCAUCCAAAUCUCCUGAAUCUAAAUCUCCUCGCCCCAAGACCCCUGAACCAAAGUCUCCAGAAAAGGAUAAGGCCCAGCCUGCUGCUGCCAAAGACUCCCCAAAAGAGGAGAAAAAAGAGAAGGAGCCUGUCAAGGAGGAAAAGAAAGAGAAAGAGCAACCCACAAAGGAUGAGAAGAAACAAGAGCCUAAGGAGAAGGAACCAGAGAAGUCAGACAAACCUGAUACGAAGAAAGACACCACGGAGGAUGACACUUCAAAACCUGUCGCUCCCAGCAAGCCUGCAGAGGACAAGCCUACCCCCAAGUCUGAGCCUAAAGAGAGCACUCCCCCCGCCAAGGAGGAGAAACCCUCUGCUAAAUCAGAGAAGGCCGAGCCUGAGGUAAAGCCCGCUUCCAAACCACAGCCUGAGAAAACAGAGAGCAAGAAGGAGGAAAAGAAGUCGGAGGAGAAGGCUGUACCUAAAGCUGAACCUGAGAAAGCAGAGAGCAAGAAAGAGGAGAAGAAGUCUGAGGAGAAAAAGGAGGCUAGCAAAGAGGAAAGUAAGGAUGCCAAGGAUGGAGGAAAGGCAGAGAAAUCCUCUGGCACUGAGUCCAAGGAGAGCAAGGAGGAGAAAGGCAAGAAGUAAGACGAAUAUGCUGCUUUCAGAGCACAGAGAGAGGAGAUGGAGAUGCCAAAGAACUAUGAAUGCAGAGCAGGAGAAAAGGGCAUUGCAAUGUCCAAAAGCAAAGCAGGUAAUGGUAUGUAAGCAAUAGUGAUUUCUGUAGCAAAUAAUCCCUUGCUCCUUAAGUAUGGCCAUUAACACCCUCACCCCUUCCCCUUCCCCCUCUCUAAUGCUUCUGAUGUUUGAUUGUAGUGAAUGCAGAAUGCUCCAAUCUCUCUUUAUCUGAAUGUGACAACUGCCCUUAAUCAAUAACAAGUGCAUUUAAACUGAAACCUGCUGACAGGGACCGCAGAGGCCUGCUGUACCUACACGAGCCUUCAAGGGUAGAGAUGUCAAAAUAAUGUAAAGCUAAAGAUUGUGACAGAUAAUAUAUAUGAAAAAGUAUAUUUACGCAGAAACAAAUGUCUAUUAUAUUUAAUGAUACACUAGUAAGAAAGACUUGAAUUUUGCUUGUUGCGCACCUUAAAUGCAGCGUCUCACUCCUCUGGUCUGCUAUGUUAGGACAAUGAUGACUGUGCUAUGUAUAAACUGCUGAGAAUAUGCAACAUGAAACAGAAAAAUAAAAAUUUAAAAAUCAAA